UGAUGUGUAGCCGGUACUAUGGCGCUGCGACGGCUGUUCGUUUGGUGUGUCGGGUUGGGUUUCCUCAGCCUCGGCCUGUGUCCCCUGGACGCUGCUCCCGCCCGGGCCAACAUCAGCUGCUGGACUUGCAGAGCGCUCUUCACCGCCCUGGACUUCGCUUUGCAGCUGAAGACCGGUGCAGAUGAGGUGGGGCUUGUGGCUAUGGAGUUGUGCAUCCAUCUGAAGCUCGCACCUCAGAACAUCUGUUCCCAAGCCAUCAAACUCUUUGAACACGAUGUGAUUAGUGCUUGGGUCAAUUCCAUCCUGAAGCCGUCCGAGAUCUGUGGACUGCUGGUGGGCCGUGAUUGUGGCCACUGGGAUAUCUACUCCAACUGGAGUGUGGCUCUCCCCAGCACUCCGAAGCCUCCAGUUGUCCCUCCGAAACCGCCUGGCCCAGGAGUGCCGGUCACCAGGGUGCUGUUCCUCACCGAUGUUCACUGGGACAGGGAUUACACUGUGGGAAGUAAUCCGGACUGCCGAGACCCUCUGUGCUGCCGGACCGGAUCAGGAACGCCCCACUCACACCAGCGUGGUGCCGGCAGGUGGGGGGAGUACAGUAAGUGUGACCUCCCCCUGCGCACCAUCGAGAACCUCCUGCAGCACCUGCAGUCUGAGCACUACGACGUGGUGUACUGGACUGGUGACAUCCCAGCCCACAACGUCUGGCAUCAGACCCGGGGAGACCAGAUCCUUGCCCUUAAUACCAUUACUCGGCUCAUCCGUCAUUACCUGGGCAACACUACAGUCUACCCAUCCGUCGGCAACCACGAGAGCACACCAGUCAACAGUUUCCCCCCGCCCUUCAUCCACGGCAACGAGUCAUCUGCCUGGCUCUACAGUGCCAUGGUCCAGGCCUGGAAGCCCUGGCUAUGCCAGAGUGCCUUGGACACCCUCAGGCGCGGAGGCUUUUACACAGCAAAGGUGCAGCCAGGACUCCGGCUCGUCUCCCUCAACAUGAACUACUGCUCUCAUGAGAACUUCUGGCUGCUGGUGAACUCAACAGAUCCGGCUGAUCAGCUGCACUGGUUGGUCAACAUCCUGCAGGAAGCAGAAGAAUGUGGCGAGAAGGUCCACAUCAUCGGCCACAUCCCCCCCGGCCUCUGCAUGAAGGUCUGGAGUUGGAAUUACUAUCGCAUUGUUAACAGGUACGAGGGGACCAUUGCCGCCCAGUUUUUCGGCCACACCCACGUUGAUGAGUUUGAGGUGUUUUACGAUGAGGAGACAUUGAGCCGUCCGCUUUCUGUAGCGUUCAUCGCCCCAAGUGUCACCACCUACAUCAACCUCAACCCUGGGUAUCGGAUUUAUCAGGUUGAUGGCAAUUACCUGGGGAGCUCGCGAUCGGUGCUGGAUCAUGAGACUUACAUCCUGAAUCUGACCCAGGCCUAUGCGAGUGGGCGCCCCAGCUGGACUCUCCUAUAUCGACUGCGGGAAGCCUACGGCAUGGACUGGGCCUUCCCUGCUGACUUUAAUCACCUCAUCACUCGCUUCCAGAAGGAGGAGCGUCUCUUCCAGUUGUACUGGUUCCUGUAUCACAAAGGCCACACUGCAGAGCUGUGCAAGGACGCCUGCAAGACGGCCACCAUUUGUGCCCUCCGCACCGGCCGUUCAGACGACCCUGAACUUUGCCGGGAUCUGCUUGAGGAGCUGGAUUAUGGACAGAUUCAGAGGGCCUGGAAACUUCGGAGAAUGUGCUGAACCGUGUCAGACUAACCAGUGAAUCUCAGGACCAGUCAACCUCCAACCAUUUGUACGAUAGCGGGCAGGAGUGAGGGGAGAGGCAGCAGGCACCCAGGCACUGGGUUCCAAGGCCUUGCAGUUCCGGGGGUAGUGAUGGUGCAAAAUGGGGGAUGAACCGAUACCUAAUGUCUUUGAAACACCAGUGUGGUGAUGAGACAAAGCAUCCUGAAGUCCAUUCACCCCACCCACACCCACAUCCCCCUGCACCCAACUAGCCUCCUCUGUCCCUUCCUGCACCCAGACCAGUCUCUCUUACCCCCAUCUCCCUUUCUUACCCCCUGCACCCUGACCAGUCUCUCUUACCCCCUGCACCAGACGUCUCUCUUACCCCCUGCACCAGACGUCUCUCUUACCCCCUGCACCAGACGUCUCUCUUACCCCCUGCACCAGACGUCUCUCUUACCCCCUGCACCAGACGUCUCUCUUACCCCCUGCACCAGACGUCUCUCUUACCCCCUGCACCAGACGUCUCUCUUACCCCCUGCACCAGACGUCUCUCUUACCCCCUGCACCAGACGUCUCUCUUAUCCCCUGCACCAGACGUCUCUCUUAUCCCCUGCACCAGACGUCUCUCUUACCCCCUGCACCAGACGUCUCUCUUACCCCCUGCACCAGACAUCUCUCUUACCCCCUGCACCCAGACCAGUCUCUCUUACCCCCUGCACCCAGACCAGUCUCUCUUACCCCCUGCACCCAGACCAGUCUCUCUUACCCCGUCUCCCUUUCUUACCCCCUGCACCAGACCAGUCUCUCUUUCCCCCGUCUCCCUUUCUUACCCCCUAUAUCCAGACCAGCCUCUUCCUGCUACCCACUCUUCAUCUCCCUCUUCACCCAGCUCACCUCUCUUGCCUCAGCCUCCCUCCAUUGAAGGGACCAGUUCCAUGGGAUUCCCGUGCGGUGAUUGUCCGUGCAUUGGUCCCAGGCUCAGGGACAGUUGGAAAGGGUGGAGGUGUUCAUUUCCUCACAUCGUCUUCAUCAGGAUCAGUCUGCUGAUCUGUCCCGAGCUCUGCAGGCCAGAGGGAACUUUUUUACACGAGACAGUUGCUGAUUUUCACUCCUCUUGUGUGUGGGUGUGAAGAUUAGAAUAGCUGAACUGUCCUGACAGUGACAUCUUUCAGUGCAGAACCUGCAGAGCUUCCGAGAGUGGAGCUGUGUGUGAUGGGACAGUGUGGAGGGAGAUUCACUCUGUGUCUGACCCCAGGAGUGUGUGAUGGGACGGUGUGGAGGGCGAUUCACUCUGUGUCUGACCCCAGGAGUGUGUGAUGGGAUGGUGUGGAGGGAGUUUCACUCUGUGAGUAUGUGAUGGGAUGGUGUGGAGGGAGAUUCACUCUGUGUCUGACUCUGUGAGUGUGUGAUGGGACGGUGUGGAGGGAGCUUCACUCUGUGUCUGACCCCGGAACGGUGUGGAGGGAGCUUCACUCUGUGUCUGACCCCGGGAGUGUGUGAUGGGACGGUGUGGAGGGAGCUUCACUCUGUGUCUGACCCCGGGAGUGUGUGAUGGGAUGGUGUGGAGGGCGAUUCACUCUGUGUUUGACCCCGGGAGGGUGGGACGGAACAGUGUAGAGAGAGAUUCACUCUGUGUCUGACCCUGGGAGUGUGUGAUGGGACGGUGUGGAGGGAGGUUCACUCUGUGUCUGACCUCUUUUUCUUUCCAUACAAAAUAUCUUUAUUACCAAUUCAGUGUUACAUAUACAAAACAGUGACUAACACAAUUACUUCACUAUAAAUAGAGAAUACACAUUAAACCAAAAUGUUUCCAUCUCUAUCAAUGAUGGCAUUUACACCCCGCGGAGCCCAGCGGUCCCAGAACACCUCUAAGGUCGCCGUGGACUGUGUGUGUCCCUUCUCCAUAUUUACCCAGACACGAACGUACCCCCUAAAUUUCGCCAGGCAGUCUUCCCGGGCAGAUCCUCCCGCCACCCGUUUCCAAGACCCACGGAUGGCUGAUUUCGCCAGCCCCAGGAACAGGUUAACAAGGACAUUCUCAUCCCUCCGUGACCCCUCCUUACUGUAUGACCAUAUAUAAAUAGGGUGGGGCUAAAAUGCAACCAGAAGGUGAGAAGCAGCCCACCCAGAUACGCAAAAAGGGGUUGCAGCCAUACGCACUCCAUGUACAUGUGGUACACAGUCUGUGUCUGACCCUGGGAGUGUGUGAUGGGACAGUGUGGAAUGAGCUUCACUUUGUGAGUGUGUGAUGGGAUGGUGUGGAGGGAGAUUCCCUCUGUGUCUGACUCUGAGUGUGUGAUUGGACGGUGUGCAGGGCGAUUCACUCUGUGUCUGACCCCGGGAGGGUGGGACGGAACAGUGUAGAGAGAGAUUCUCUCUGUGUCUGUCCCCAGGAGUGUGGGACGGAACAGUGUAGAGAGAGAUUCUCUCUGUGUCUGACCCCGGGAGAGUGUGAUGGGACGGUGUGGAGCGAGAUUCUCUCUCUCUGACCUGUGUGGUUCCUGUGCUGCUAUGUGUUCCUUCGUUAAAUGUGUGUGAUAACUCUGUUCUACCUGCACUAACGUAAUUCACUUUAAUGAACUUGAAUUCGUGCCAAUACUUCUAGAUUGAAGCCUUGAACCGUAAUUAUGAAUGUUUGAGUGAUAAUCUGAUGAAAUCGAGUGCAGUGAUGAUUAUACUGAUCAAAUGGUGUGUGUUCCAGACAGAUGCAAUAAACACUCAUUA